AUGGCCACCACCACUGACGACCGGUCCCCUAAUCCACCUAAUACCAAUACCUCGGCCUACAAAGACGGCUCACCUGACCCCUCUGUCCGCCCCUCUGCAGCCCAGUCCCAGUCCCAGUCUUCCGCCGACCAAACAGGACCGCGCCGUUCCAGCUUCAACUUCUUGCGCCGAACCAGCGGAAAAAGCUCCUCUGAAAUCCGCGGCAGCAGCACCAAUCGAAGCGUCUCCGGCGGCAAGAUGAGCAGGAAGCAAAAGGCCCUCGCCCAGGAGGAGGCUCUCCGCAGGCAGCGCGAAGCUACCAUGCUGCCUAAGCAGCCGCCGCGCCUGCCUUCCCACUCGGCCCUUCCCCAGCUCGCGACGUUCGGAGGUGAGGACACGCGCCCAGACUCCAUUGCCAUUGUCUCCAACAAGGCCGGCACCUACAACCCCACUGCCCACAACUUCAGCCGCCCCUCGACCGACACCUACAGGAUGGCUCCCGCUCAACCCAGCCCCGCUGUGGCGCCGCCCGUGCCAGGCUCCUCGCCUUCGACCUACAUGGAUUACGAUCCCUACCCGAGGACCGAGAGCAUGACCAACCGCGGUCGCUACAGCUACGCCAGCAGCCAGAUCAGCACCGUCAACAGCCCCCGUCGUGUGCGAAGGAGGAAGGACCCCACGCCUUUCAACAUCCUUGUCAUUGGCACCAAAGGCUGCGGCAAAUCCUCUUUCAUCGAGUUUCUCCGCACUGCGCUCGCGCUCCCGGCUCGAAAGCGCCCAAACACUCCCUCGCCGCCUGCUACCGCUGUAGGUGGUGGAGACUCGCCUUUCACUUCCGAAUUCCUCGAGACCGAAGUUGAUGGCGAGAGAGUCGGCGUCACGCUCUGGGACUCCGAGGGCCUCGAGAAGAACAUUGUCGACUUCCAGCUGCCCAUCAUCACCUCGUUCCUCGAGUCCAAGUUCGAAGACACUUUCAGCGAGGAGCAGAAGGUCGUACGCGCGCCAGGUGUUAAGGAUACACACAUCCACUGUGUCUUCCUCGUUCUGGAUCCGAUUCGCCUCGACCAGAACAUAGCCGAGGCUCGCAAGAAGUCCAACAUUGUCAAUGCUGGCAGCGCCAUCUUCGGCGGUCUAGACGAUCGUCUCGAUCUCAACAUACUUCGCGAGCUGCAAACCAGGACCACCGUCAUCCCAGUCAUUAGCAAGGCAGACACAAUCACCGGCGCGCACAUGCGCUAUCUGAAGAAGACUGUCUGGGAUACCAUCAAGCGCGCAAAGUUGGACCCCUUGGAGGCUUUGAACCUGGACCUUGGCGACGAUGACGAAGACCCCGACCGACUUGAUGAGCGCGACGAGGAUGAAUACGAGCAGUCGUCUGAGGGCGAAGGCAAAUCAGAAGUUCUGAACAAGAUCCUCGAGCGAUCUUCUUCCGAAGCUGCGCGCUCCAUGGCUUCCUCCAGCUCUUCGACCAGGUCGCACUCCCCUCCCACGUCGCCCCCAAGCGCCAGGAAAGGCCACAGCCGUAAGCCGUCCGCCAUGUCCGCCUCGAUCCACAGCGAGAGUGCCGAGACUCCGUUCCUGCCUCUCAGCAUCAUCUCGCCAGAUCCUUACGACCCCGAGGUUGUUGGUCGCAGAUUCCCAUGGGGCUUUGCCGAUCCUUACAACCCAGAGCACUGUGACUUUGUCAAACUCAGGGAGAGCGUUUUCAGUGAUUGGCGCUCUGAGCUACGCGAGGCUUCCCGUGAGCAAUGGUACGAGGGCUGGAGAACCACUCGACUGGAAAAGGGCAGGCGACGGGUCGUUACAUCGGAUGGACCCGCCUCCAGGCAGCUCUCUGUUCCUGCGACCAAUGGACGGGCAGCCAGCGCUGGCAGCCGCGAGUAUCGCCCGUAUCGCCCUAGCAACGAUUUCUAG